AGAAAAGCUGAAUGCAGAACACUCUCGCCAAAAACCACAGCACAGGAAAAAGAGGCAUUUGUGGAAAUUAGUCGGUGCUCAGUUUCCAAUAGGUGCCGAGGGGAGCGGACCGCGACGUGCCCCAACACCUCCCUUAGGCGGGGCAGGGCCCGGCCCCGGCCGGAGCCAUUCACCGCCCCUGGGACGACCCCGGCAGGCUGAGGCGAGCCCCAGGCUGAGGGGACACCGCGCCGGUAACAGCCCCGAGUCGGGCGCCCCGGCCCUCCGCCCCCAGCGCCGGAGGAGCGGGGCCACGCCGGGCCAUGGCGGAGCGGAGCAGCAGCCCCUGCGCGCCGCAGACGCGCCGCAGCGGGGCGGGCGGGCGGGCCGUGCCCGGAGCAGCGCCCGAGGGGCCGCCGGGAAGCCGCGCCGCCGCGCCGGGACCGCCGGAGUGCCGUCGCUGCCGGUACCUGUGCACGGGCAGGGCCUGCUGCCGGGUGGUGGAAGCGCUCCUCGCCGUGCUGAUCCUGGUCUGCGGCUCCGUGUCCUGCAGCGAGACGGGAGGCUACACGGGCCUUCCCAGCCUGGGGGGCAUCUACUACUACCAGUACGGCGGGGCUUACAGUGGCUUUAGCGGAGCAGACGGGGAGAAAGCCCAGCGGCUUGACCAGCGUUUCUACCUACUAAAGCUGCCAAUUGCAAGGGCAGCAGUGGCUGUGGGAGGGUGUCUCCUGGUCUUCUCUUGCAUUCUUAUUUUAGUUGGUGUUCUACGGUUACCGUGGCGUUUCCCAGCAUGGCUGGUACUUGAAUGCAUCCUGGAUGUAAUGAUUGCAAUUGGCAUAUUGCCUGCUCUGUACUAUUUCUUCCAUUUUCUGCUGGGGGUUUAUAGUUCAUCAGUGUGCAAAGAGAGAGAGCAGCUUUAUCAAAGCAAAGGCUAUCAGGGCUUCAGGUGCAGCCCGCAUGGGGCAGAGAUUGCCGUUGGCCUCUCAGGCUGCAUUGCUGUCAUAGCAUACCUGCUCAGUGCAGGCCUAGCUGUCAGGGCGUACAGAACAGUUCUCAAACAGAAGCAGAAGCCGGUACAAUUAUACGAGCUUUAGAAUGAUUCCUCUGCUCCAGUAAUGGUCAUGAUUUUUUCCAGCCUUACUGAGACGAAGCAGUAUGCUUUCCCUUGCUUCUGGGCAGUGCAUCCCUAAUGCUGCAGCAGAACACACCAUGAGAGACUAUAGCUCUAAAUAUAGUAGAGUCAAGCUUUUCCUAGCCCGAAUUUGCAUUAUUGAAUUAUUAAUGGACACAAAGUUAGUCUGAUGACUUGUCUUCAUCUGCCUCAUAGUAGGGAGUGACUGUCCUUGCGUAGUUGACUAGCAAGCUGCCUGCUCCACAGGUAGCCUUUCUACCCCGUCUGGUGUCUUGUUCUCCUCCAGCACGGUCUUGGUAGAAGCACUGCUAGUACAUGCUUCUGCUAAUGAACAGCUUUCUGUAGCUGAAACUGUGUUUACAAAGGGCAUGUGACUGUUCACAGAGAACAGAGCACUUAAAAACAAAUGAUCGAGGCCCAUGGUUGUGGCAGCUAAUUACUGCUUUCUUGUAGGUCUCUUGGAACUAACAGGGCAGUUUGAACGUAACAUUUAUAGCGCCAUCAGAUUCCUGAAACUUCCAAGAUGAUUAAUACGCUCACAGUCUAAUUUGUGGCACAAUGCGUUUUCAAACUCCCCUAGAGAGGGCACAUUUGUAAGAAAUGGUCUUUUGUAGAACUUGUCUACAACAGUUUUGCUUAAAAGAUGCCCUGAGUUGGAAUAAUAGACAAAAGGUUUAAGAGCUCAAACAGGUGGUUUAAGAUAGAAGUAUAGUGUUUUCAAAAUACAUUUUUAACAUAUAAGUUGGGGAAAUGA